AUGUUUCUUCUGAAUGAUGAGACUUACUUGGGUCACAGCUGCUGUGAAGUCGUUCAGACCAUUGAGCAUCAAUGUUGGCCUACCUUACUUGGCAUGCUAGGGUUUACCGCAGAAGAAACUGAUGUACUCAAGGGUUACUGUGAUGAAGCCGAUCAUGUUAAAUCCCCGCCGGCAAAUCCACCAUCACCACCAUCAAUUCAUGAUCCUAUAAAUGUAAAACUUGUUUCUGAUUUGGAGAAGUUGGUCUCUUGA